AUGCCAGGACUCAAUAUUGGAGACACAAUCCCCAACAUUGAAGCUGAAAGCACCCAUGGAAAGAUCAUUCUCCAUGACAACAUUGGCGAUGCUUGGGCUAUUAUUUUCUCUCAUCCCGGUGACUUCACGCCCGUAUGCACAACGGAGCUGGGUAAGAUGGCGGAGUAUUCAGGGGAAUUUGCAAAGAAAGGAGUGAAGCUUGUUGGCUUGUCCUGCGAUGAUGUCCAUUCUCAUAAUAAGGAGUGGAUCAAGGAUAUCGAAGAAUACAACAGUGGUUGCAAAGUGAACUACCAAAUCAUGACCGACCCCAACAGAGAGAUUAUAAAGCAGCUCAACAUGGUGGACCGUGACGAGAAGGACUCAUCAGGAAACCAACUGCCAUCGCAGGCCCUACACAUUGUGGGGCCGGACAAGAGGGUGAAGCUGAGCUUCCUAUACCCGGCCAGCACGGGGCGCAACAUGGACGAGGUGCUAAGGGUGCUGGACUCCCUCCACAAGGCUGCCAACUACAAGGUCGCCACCCCGGCCAACUGGAAGCCCGGCGAUCGCGUCGUCAUCUCCCCCAACGUCUCUUCCGACGAUGCUAAGCGAAUGUUCCUGCCCAAGAAGGAGUACUAUCUGCGUUUCACCAACGUGCAGUGA